AUGGCUCCGCUGGGAUACUUCUUGCUGCUGUGCAGCUUGAGGCCGGCUCUGGGCAGCUACCCGAUCUGGUGGUCCCUGGCCGUCGGGCCACAGCACUCCUCACUGGGCACGCAUCCCGUGCUGUGCGCCAGCAUCCCUGGCCUGGUGCCCAAGCAGCUGCGCUUCUGCAGGAACUACGUGGAGAUCAUGCCCAGCGUGGCAGAGGGCGUGCGGCUGGCAGUCCAGGAGUGUCAGCACCAGUUCCGCGGCCGCCGCUGGAACUGCACCACUGUCGAUAGCCUGGCCAUCUUCGGCCCUGUGCUGGACAGAGCCACCCGGGAGUCAGCCUUCGUGCACGCCAUUGCCUCCGCUGGCGUGGCCUUUGCUGUGACGCGUUCCUGCGCAGAGGGCUCAGCCACCAUCUGCGGCUGCAGCAGCCGUCACCCGGGCUCCCCUGGUGAGGGCUGGAAGUGGGGCGGCUGCAGUGAGGACAUCGAGUUUGGUGGGAUGGUGUCGCGGGAGUUUGCCGACGCCCGGGAGAACCGGCCGGAUGCCCGCUCAGCCAUGAACCGCCACAACAACGAGGCUGGGCGCCAGGCCAUCGCCAGCCACGUGCACCUGAAGUGCAAGUGCCACGGGCUGUCCGGCAGCUGCGAGGUGAAGACCUGCUGGCGUGCGCAGCCAGCCUUCCGCGCUGUAGGCGACCUGCUCAAAGACAAGUACGACAGCGCCUCAGAGAUGGUGGUGGAGAAGCACCGCGAGGCGCGCGGCUGGGUAGAGACGCUGCGGCCGCGCUACGCCCACUUCAAGGUGCCCACGGAGCGUGACCUGGUCUACUACGAGGCUUCGCCCAACUUCUGCGAGCCCAACCCUGAUACAGGCUCCUUCGGCACGCGCGACCGCGCCUGCAACGUGAGCUCACCCGGCAUCGACGGCUGCGACCUGCUGUGCUGCGGCCGCGGCCACAAUGCCCGCACUGAGCGGCGUCGGGAGAAGUGCCGCUGCGUCUUCCACUGGUGCUGCUACGUGAGCUGUCACGAGUGCGCGCGCGUGCUGGACGUGCACACCUGCAAGUAG